GUCAGUAGUACUUCUCUGAAACAAAACAAGAAGCUCACUCCACCAUUUCCAGUCAAAAGGGGGUAAGUAACAUGGGUUUUCCUCCAUUAUUUCUCUGUUUUCUCCUCAUACUCUUGUCAGUUUCUGUAAAUGGAAAUGCUGAGUUACAAGCUCUAAUGGACUUAAAGGCAAGUCUUGACCCUGAAAAUGCUUUGCUCACAUCAUGGACUGUUUCUGGUAAUCCAUGUGAUGGUUCUUUUGAAGGUGUUGCUUGUAAUGAAAAGGGUCAAGUUGCUAACAUUUCUCUACAAGGUAAAGGCCUUAAAGGGAAGUUGUCUCCAGCCAUCGGUGGGCUAACUCACUUGAGUGGACUCUACUUGCAUUAUAAUUCAUUGUAUGGAGAGAUACCAAGAGAAAUUUCUAAUUUGACAGAGCUCACUGAUCUGUAUUUGAAUGUUAAUAAUCUCUCUGGUGAGAUCCCUCAACAACUUGGAAACAUGUCAAGCUUGCAAGUUUUGCAACUAUGCUAUAACCACUUUACUGGGAGCAUACCCACUCAACUAGGGACUCUAAAGAAGCUCAAUGUCCUGGCUCUGCAAUCCAAUCAGUUAACUGGUGCGAUCCCCGCUAGCUUGGGUGACUUGGGAGUGUUGAUGAGGGUGGACUUGAGUUCUAAUCAUCUUUUCGGUUCAAUUCCUUCAAAACUUGCGGAUGCUCCCUUGCUUGAAGUUUUGGAUAUUCGAAAUAAUAAGAUGUCUGGCAAUGUGCCUCUUGCUUUGAAGAGAUUAGUUGGAGGAUUCCUGUAUGAGAACAAUCCAGGACUAUGUGGUGUGGGUUUUCCGUCCUUGCGAGUUUGUACAUCUUUGGAUCGCUCGAAUCUUAAUAGACCAGAGCCCUAUGGAGGUGGCUCAGGUGGUUUAUCUACUAGAGAUAUUCCAGAGACAGCUAAUCUCAAUCUAAAUUGUAGCGGAAAUGGCUGCACAAAGUCGUCUAAAACCUCACAGGCAUCUGUUGUUGUAGGGGUUAUUGUGGUUACUAUUAUUGCAUCUGCUAUAGGAAUUCUUUCAUUCACGCACUAUAGAAGACGAAAACAGAAGCUUGGAGGUGGACUGGAAAUGUGUGAUAGCCGUCUAAGUGUUGACCAGGCCAAGGAGGUUAAUAGGAAGAAUGGUUCUCCCCUAGUCAGUCUUGAGUACUCGAUUGGUUGGGAUCCCUUGGCUGAGGGUCGGCGUUAUGGUGGGGUUUCCCAAGAGAUUCUGCAGAGAUACAGAUUCAAUUUGGAAGAGGUGGAGUCGGCUACACAGUACUUUGCUGAUAAGAAUCUAUUGGCUAAGAGCAACUUUUCAACUACAUAUAGAGGGACUCUAAGAGAUGGAUCACUUGUUGCUGUAACGAGAAUUGCCAAAAUUAGCUGCAAGUCAGAAGAAGCCGAGUUUUUAAGAGGACUAAAUGUUUUGACGUCUCUGAGACAUGAAAAUUUAGUUAGGCUGAGAGGUUUCUGCUGCUCUAAAAGCAGGGGAGAAUGUUUUCUCGUAUAUGAUUUUGUGCCAAGAGGAAACUUGUUGCACUACCUAGAUGUGAAGGAUGAUGAAGCUCGUGCUCUUGAAUGGUCCACGAGGGUAUCUAUCAUUAGUGGCACUGCAAAAGGCGUUGAGUAUUUGCACGGGUGCAAGGUUAAUAAGCCAGCUCUAGUGCAUCAGAAUAUCUGUGCUGAGAACGUGCUCCUUGACCAGCGAUUCAAACCAUUGCUUUCAAAUUCAGGCCUGCAUAAGCUCGUCACAAAUGAUACCGUCUUUUCAGCCCUCAAGGCAAGUGCUGCCAUGGGAUAUUUAGCUCCAGAGUACUCCACUAUAGGCCGAUUUACUGAGAGGAGUGAUAUUUAUGCCUUUGGAGUGCUUAUUUUCCAAAUUCUCUCUGGCAAGCGAAAAUUCACCAGUUCUAUGCGUGCUGCUGCUGAAUCGUUCAAAUUCCAUGACUUGAUGGACGUGAAUCUCCGUGGAAGUUUCUCUGAGUCUGAAGCAACAAAACUAGCGAAAAUUGCUUUGUUAAGUACACAUGAAUGUCCAGAGGAGAGACCAACUAUGGAAACAAUCGUACGAGAACUUGGUAAUUUAGCCAACUCUUCCUAAUGCUAAUGAUUUUCUUCCAUCAACUAUUGCCUGUGGCAAAUUUUCAAUCCUCCUAACUGAUUAGCUGGAGAUAGAUUCGUACUAACCUCUCACGAGUAUUGGAAGCUUCAAAUAUUUAGUCAGUCUGAGAACUUUUUCGACUGAGGACUUCACCAUUUUGUGAAUGUUUGUAUCUUUGUAUGCCAUUUAACUACCUUAGGAUUUCUCAUGUUGGAGAAUUUUCCUCUGUUUGUUUCAUGGAUUCUUAUGAAUCUGUUUGUAAAAAGAUGAAUGUUCCUCCAUUUACCUGAGGAUCAUUGCUUUGUUUUUGUUUUGUGCCUCGACUUUCAUAUUAUUAAUUCAACCAUGGUUGCUGCUUAAACAUUUUAGAGAAGCUCGAGGCAUGCUUUGUCCCAA